AUGGGAGUCCUGAAGGAAGUUCGAGAUGAAGAUUGGGAUUUGGUGAACAUUGUUCACACCCUGACCAACAGAAGGAGAGGGGAGGCAUCUAUUACCUAUGCUGAAAGCCAUGACCAAGCCUUGGUUGGGGACAAAUCAUUGGCAUUCUGGCUGAUGGACAAGGAGAUGUACACCAACAUGAGUGCUCUUACUGCCAUGACGCCUGUUAUAGACCGUGGCAUCCAGCUGCAUAAACUCAUCCGUCUCCUUACUCAGAGUCUAGGAGGGGAGGGCUACCUCAACUUCAUGGGUAACGAGUUUGGCCAUCCGGAAUGGCUUGACUUUCCCAGGAAAGGAAACAACGAGAGCUACUAUUAUGCCCGUCGCCAGUUCAACCUUGUGGACACUGAGCAUUUGCGAUACCGACAACUCUACGCUUUCGACCGUGACAUGAAUCUUACAGAAGACAAAUACGGCUGGCUAGCAGCCGGUCAGGCAGCAGUCACGACUUUGAAUCAAACUGACAAGGUGAUCGUGUUUGAACGCUCAAACCUGUUGUUCAUAUUCAACUUUCAUCCCUGCAACAGCUACAUCGACUACAGGGUGGCAGUGGAGCAUGCUGGGAAGUAUCCUUUCACCAGAGAUCUCCAGAAGACUAGCACAUUAUA